CCUCUCCCUAAUCCUUAGAUAGCUCAUAUUGAAUUGCCUCCUGGUAGAUGGAUGAGGAACUUGUGUGCCGGAGUGUGGCACAGUCCAACAUGCUGGCAUCGGGCCACUCCGCCGAAAGGUUUAAUAAUCCGGCCAUUGUCCCCUUACUGAUCGUUUCAUACCUGGCUUGCUUGGAGCUCCGCUGAUAGACCGAAGUGAUAACCAUGGGGUCAAUCGGGAAUCAACAACCAGUCCUGGGGCUAACAACCCUGGAGCGUAUCGGACCUAAGGGAUAUCUGCGCUACGUCUUCCCUUUCCAGCUGCAAGACGAUUAUGAUUUGGAUGGAGUUGUUGGAGCCCUAGAGGCCGGGUACCAGGCUCUCACACAACGGAUCCCGGUGGUGGCGUGUGAGGCAGUUCCCGACCUCGAGACGAAGCAAAAGGGCGUAAUGAGAUUUCAGCCGCGGGACACCCGCGACGCAACACAUAUCCUCGUCAAAGACCUGCGUGACUCCUAUGCCUCUGACUACGCCGAACUGAAACAUCAAUAUUUCCCCGUGGCUGCCUUCGAUGCCGAUACAUUCUGCCGUCGAUCGGUCUGGCCCUCAGCUGGGGAACGAAUGCCAGUUUCCCUUGUGCAGGCCAACUUCAUCCGCGGGGGACUGGUACUCACAUGGUGCAUUUUACACAUGGCAGGAGAUGGUAACUCAUUUUCCACGUGGACGGCGAUUUGGGCAGAAGAAUGUCGUCGUUCACAGGGGCUGGAAAUCGUGGCCCCAAUUCAACUUCCCGACGCCGUCUGGAAAGACCGUGAGCAAGUGACCAAGCCCUCAGGUCGCAAUGCGGGCGAACUGGAAAACCAUCCUGAAUAUACCCUCCUUCCUUUCACGCCGCCCGGAGCACCACCCAAGAUGACCUCCUUGAACCAUCGUGGUCAGGUCUUUUACUUCUCCCCGGACUCUCUUGCAGCCUUGAAGGCUGAGGCAUCGCCUGGCAAGGCUACCGAGCCCUCCGACCAGAAAUGGAUCUCCACCAACGACGCUCUCUCCGCACUUCUCUGGCGAACCGUGAUGGCAGUCCAGUCACCCUUGGAUACACUGGAGGGUGAUCCUGUCUCUGUUUUCAAUGUCGCUAUCGAUGGGCGCCAACGAACGGAUCCCCCAAUCCACCCGGACACUCUAGGAUGCUUCCUGGAGUACGUUGCUGUUAUUCUUCCCAUUCGCAAGAUGCUGAGUACCUUGAGCCUGGCCGACCUAGCCAUUCAGAUCCGAAAGGCUAUCCUGCGGGCUGACAAGCAAUUCACGGACGAUGUCGUUGCUCUGGUGGACCGGCUCGAAGAUGUCGAUCGAUUGGUCCCAACCGCCUUCCUGGAUGUUCCUGGGUAUAAUUGUGUGCAGACCUCCUGGUUGAACUUCAAACUGUACGGGCUGGACUGGGGCUCUCUACUAGGCCAUCGCAUUGAGGCCGUUCGCGUGCCGCACAUUGGAUGCAUCAAUGGCGCUCAAAUUGUGCUUCCAGUACUGCCGGAUGGCGGGAUGGAGAUCUUGGUGGGGGUGGAAGAGAGUUGCUUGGAUCGACUGUUAACUGAUCCUUUGUUUACCAAAUAUGCAGUAGCCCGGUAGUAUAAGCGCAGGGAUCAAUGCAGCGACCGUUGGGAUGUCGGGCCACACUGCAUGACUGCUCAUUUCAUGCUUCAACGUAGAACGAGCCUGCUUGAUUGCAAUCUCCUCGCAAAUGGCUCGAUACACUCGGCCUGCGGCUAUGUGCCUGCUCAUUAAGCACACUGUGCCGGUAUAGCCCACAAAUAAUCACUCUUUGCCCGAUAUGAUGUUUGGUUAUGAGCGAUCUUGAAAC